UCAAAAUGGCGAAAAAAGUGAUAAACAAAAAGUAUUGCUAAGCAGCACAUUAGAAAAAUAUUGAAAUAGAAGGAAAUUCAGAGUUGUUAUUAUCUAGAAACUGGUUAAUUAAGCCAUGUCUGACGAAGAAGAUUUUGGCAUUGGUGCAGGAGGUCCAAUGGUUGUAGAGGUUAAAGGUCGCAAUCGUUCAUCCAAAACUCCAAGGUCAUCACCAAGACGACGUUCUCUGAAUAAUUAUGAUUCUGAUGAAUAUUCAGAGGAUAACACAUGGUCUGACGAGGAGGAUGUGUACACAGACGAUGAGACCGCGCCCCCUACACAGAGAAGUCAGAGACGGUCUCAACGCACCCCACGUAAAAACGGACGCUCUAAAAUCGACAUGACACCUCCGGACAAGAAGUUAAAAGUAGCUGAAAAGAAAGCUGUUAGGUUUACAGAAAGUGGGAAGGUUGAUAAAGUUAUCACAGAGCUAACAAAAUGUCUGGCUUUGAACCGGAUCCUGUAUGGAGCCGGACAUUGGAAACUGGCUCGUAGUCAUGCCAACCUGGCUGAGGCCUAUCUGGAUCUUAAAGCAUAUGCAGUACAAGCUGAAUACCACACAGAGAAUGCAAAAACCAUCAUGCUAAACUCCGUAACAAGCUACACAACCGACCAGGAAAAGGCAGACAUCUACGACGUACUUUUCAAGAUUUACUACAUCCAGGGUCGAGCUCUUGCCACUCUGAAGAAAUACAACGAGGCCGACCAAAUGUUGGCUAAAACAGAGAAGGUGAUUGGUGAGCUGAACAAGCUGUCGUGUGUGGAUGAUAAUCAGCUCGACGAUUACGAAAUCAAGCUCUCACAAGCUACAGCAAGAUUACACUGGAAGCAGAAGAAGUACGCGGUGGCCACGUCACAGUACGACAAACUUCUGAAGCUGAUGGAGGACCGGUAUGGGGAGGACUCGGUACAUCUCAUCCCAGUCUACCAGGAGUGUGGAAAAAUAUCCUUUAGUAAAGGCCGAUAUUCCAACCAUGAGAGAGCUAUAGACAUGUUUCUCCAGGCACACUCUAUUGCUGGCUCCCACUAUAAGGAUGGUCAUUCCCAGCUGAUAGAGACGUCCCUGGCUUUGGCUCAAGCCUACAGCAGCACAGGAGACGAAGAUGGAGAAGCUGCAGCAGAGAAGUAUUUAAACGAGUGUCUGGCAACGUGCCAAACUAUCCAUGGACCUCAUCAUAAACAGACCCUGACAGUACAGGAUGAGUUAGCCAGACUCUACAUCAGGACAGACAGAAAUGCUGAAGCCCUGAGUCUGCUGUCAUCCAGUGUUAAAGAUAAAUGUGACGUGUUUGGUGACUACUCGGAGAAUGUGUCAGACACUUAUAAAAUGAUGGCCUCUAUAUAUCUAGCUCAGGGCAACAUACAGAAAGCACUCAAAACGUAUAAAAAGUGUCAUGAUAUCGAAUGUCUUGUAUUGGGCAAAGGCCACAAAAAGUCCAAAGAUACAGAAAGAACAAUCGAUAUAUUAAUGGCAACUCCAGGAAUUUCCAACAAUUUUGUGCUAAGCAAAGGGGAUGAACUGAAAAAGAGACCUAAAUUUAAUGCAAUAGUGAAAGGCAGCAAAAAUGUGGGAGGUUUCAAAACUGCAUUUGACUGAAAGAGUUUAUAUAGUGACAAAUUAAUACAUAGGACCUUCUGAAACACUAGGCAUUUGUAUAGAUAUGACCCUGCCUCUAUUUGGCUCAGAAUGCAUUGAAGAGGAAUUUCAAAUUUAGAAGAAACUCCAUAAAUUUUGAUUGUAUAUGAUUGUACAUCUUCUUGGACAGAUUUUUUUUAAUGAAUACUUGAUUAAUCAAUUUUUGGGUUUCUCAAUACUCAUCAUUAGGGUGCAGCAGGUUGAACAGCAUCUCAUAAACAAUAAUACUUUUUCUAAGCUCUGUCCUCUUAAUUUUGAGUUUCAAUAAACAUUAAAUUUAAUCCUGUUUAUAUUUUGAGAAUCAAUUAAAUUGUAGUACUACAAUUUCUUGAAAUGAAAAAUUAAAAUUUAGUCAUCUUCAUUAAUCUUCUAGUAUUAAAGGUUUCUAGCUAUGUCAAAGAACUAUUUUCU